AUGCACCUCUUCCUUAUAGCAAUCCCCCUUUGCCAGGCACUGGUUGCAGAACCCUCCAUUCCCGAAGUCGACGUCGCCAUCAUCGGCGGUGGUCUAUCGGGACUCUCCACCGCCAAAGAGCUGGCAGCAGCGAACAAAUCCUUCAUCAUACUAGAAGCACGAGACCGAGUCGGUGGUCGUGUGCUCAAUGUCAACCUCACCGGAAAGAACAUCCAAGAAUUAGGCGCCGAAUAUGUUGGACCAACACAGAACCGCGUUCUGGCUCUCGCAGCGGAGCUCGGUCUACCAACCUACAAGACAUACACGACGGGAAACUCCACCUUCUAUCGAAACGGCACCGCGCGUCAUUAUCAAGAUACGCUUGGCGGUAUUCCUCCCGUGGGGGUAGACUCGCUUGUUGAACUUGCACUCUUCAUGAACGACAUCAAUACCCUGGCGAGUAAAGUCGACCUGGAAACACCAUGGAAUACCCCAAAUGCCACGGCGCUGGAUUCAAUGACUCUCGAAACAUACGUCAACUCCAAACUAUCCACUUCCGACUCUCGCGCUCUUCUCGACAUUGCUAUCCCAGCCAUCCUAUCGACCGAACUGAGAGAGCCGUCUCUGCUAUAUUCAUUGUGGUGUAUUGCCGCCGCCGGAGAUGAAACAGGACCUGGGACGAUCAACCGUCUCAUUGGAGUCGACGGUGGUGCACAGGAUAGCCGGGUGAGUGGAGGAACCCAGUUACUGGCAACACUACUCGCCGAGCGACUCGGCUCUCAAAACAUCCACCUCAACACACCUGUGCACAAAGUCCAGCUCAAAGAAUCCCGCUAUCUAGUCUGUUCCGAUGAACUCACCAUCUCAGCCCGACAUGUCGUCGUCGCCAUGUCCCCGCCUCUAGCCAGCCGCAUCACAUUCGAUCCCCUACUCCCCGCCGGACGAGACCAAUUAAACCAGCGCAUGCCGAUGGGGGCACUCGGCAAAGCCAUUGCGAUAUUCCCGAGCGCAUGGUGGCGGGGUGAGGGGCUUAACGGAGAAGGUGUGAGUGAUACCGGGGCUAUCCGAGUGACAUACGAUAACUCGCCGGCGGAUGGGUCGUUCGGGGCGAUGAUGGGGUUCAUUGAGGCAGAUGAGAUGCGCAAGCUGGAUACUGCGAGCGAGGACGAGGUCAAGCGCCAGGUCAAGCAGAGUUUUGCUAAUCUUUUUGGUUCGCGUGUGGAAAAUGCUACAGAUAUCCUCGUUCAGAGGUGGGAUCUUGAGGAGUUCUCCCGUGGUGGUCCCAGUGCUUUCAUGCCGCCGGGGGUUUUAACGCAGUAUGGGUCCUAUUUACGGGCUCCGGUUGGGAGGAUCCAUUUUGCUGGGACUGAGACUUCGCUAAGGUGGAUUGGGUACAUGGAUGGGGCUAUUAGUUCGGGGGAACGGGUUGCUGGGGAGAUACUCAAGUCUUUUUGA